GCGGCUCUUCCUCCAGAGGACUCCCCGGCUAACGACAGGAGCUAGCCCCGACUGCCGAGGCUGGGCGGCAGAGGCGACAGGCAGCGACCCGACUCACGGACCUCUUUCACGGUCAGAAAACACCGAGAGAACACCACCGAACUCGGACGGAACCGAAGGGAAUAUACUCUUUUUUUUUUUUAUGUUGUGUUAUUUGUUGGGCUUUCUCCUAACCCUCCCUCCCCCCCCGCCCGGACCAGCUGCUCGGUACCGUUUCGGUGUCGGCUGGAAGUUUCGGAGCCGAGCAGCGAUGUGGUGACGCGACUCGACGGGAAGCUAACUGUUAGCUGCUGCCGCUAACGCUGCUUGGUAGAUUAAUAAUCUGAGCUGGAGGCUCCGGAGAAAGCCUGUUUCUGUGUUUCCGAUAAUGUCAGACACACUGCUAUGAGAUGCUGUGUGAUGUCGUCUACUUUUAAAGGAGAGAGAAGCGACCUGACGUUAUCCUUUAGUUCAUGAAACUAGCGAGCGUUAGCUACCUAGCGGGCUAGUAGCUAACGUCGGUUGACUUCAAGCCAAAGAAACUGCUUCCAGUUAGCUGCAGCUAGCCGGGCUACCACCGCUUCCACGUCAGCUCACUGUCCCGUCACAGGUCAGUCUGUUGUGAAACCUUACAGUCUUAGUGGUGAACUUUUAUCCCGGAGGAUGGCCAUGUUGUUGUGACUCUUUACUUCCCCAAAAAAAAAGAAAAUCCAGAUAUGCAAUCAUCGUAGUGGAUGCUAGCUUGCUAACGCUGAGUUAGCCGGGCCAGAACUUGGAGCACUGCCCUCUGCUCACUUUAAAGGGUUUUGCUUUGAGGCCUUUAGGAAAUUAUCCUCUUUUUUUUUUUUUUUCCCCUACCGAGAAGACCCUUUUCACAGCCUUAAUGCAUCCCAGCCUCUGGAAGGAAUUCCUGUGACUGUGGAUAUUUUGGGAAUCUUGACAGGAGCUGACACAAACAGGGAGCAGCUGGAUUUCAAUAAAACAAUAACGGUGGAUUAUUAAAGUAUUUGGAUCAACGUUAUUCUUCCAAGAUGAUGUGCGAGGUGAUGCCCACCAUCAGCGAGUCUGAAGGGGGAGGCGGCGGCGGUCGUCGGGGCUCCGGCUCCCCGCUGCAGUCGGACUCGGAGGGCCACUUUGAGUCGCUGAUGGUGUCCAUGCUGGAGGAGAGGGAUCGUCUUCUCGACACUCUGAGAGAGACUCAGGAGAAUCUGGGCUUGACUCAGGGCAAACUGCAUGAAGUUAGCCACGAAAGGGACUCACUGCAGAGACAACUUAACACUGCUCUGCCACAGGAGUUUGCUGCACUAACAAAGGAGGUGAACGUGUGCCGGGAGCAGCUUCUGGAGAAGGAGGAGGAGAUUGCAGAGCUGAAGGCGGAGAGAAACAACACGCGGCUCCUGUUGGAGCACUUGGAGUGCCUGGUGUCUCGCCAUGAGCGUAGUCUGAGGAUGACAGUGGUGAAGAGACAGGCUCAGUCUCCAGCAGGAGUCUCAAGUGAAGUGGAGGUCCUCAAAGCCCUUAAGUCACUUUUUGAACACCACAAAGCCCUCGAUGAGAAGGUGAGGGAGCGACUACGCGUUGCCUUGGAAAGAUGCAGCGCGUUGGAGGAACAGCUCACCAUCUCGCACAAAGAACUGGCUUACCUCAGGGAGCAGAACAGCCAGAAGAGAGGGCUGGCAGAUGGAACCAGCGAGGUCAACCACAACUCUGAAAACACACCAAGCACUAAUGGCAAGCGGUCAUCGGAUGGUUCGCUGAGUCAGGAGGAGGAGUCGGGGCCUGUGUUCGGGAAGGUCGGUGAGCUCCAGGAGGUGGUGGACCGUCAGACGGCUGAUCUGGGCCAGAUGAAGGAGCGCAUGGCUGCUAUGGUUUCACGCAUCAAUGAGCUAGAGGAGGACCUGGACACGGCCCGAAAGGACCUCAUCAAGUCCGAAGACAUGAACACGCGGCUACAGAGAGACCUGAGAGAGUCAAUGGCUCAGAAGGAAGACAUGGAGGAGAGGAUCACCACCUUGGAGAAGCGCUACCUGGCAGCUCAGCGGGAGGCUACCUCCGUCCACGACCUGAACGACAAGCUGGAGAAUGAAGUGGCCAACAAGGAUUCCCUCUUCAGACAAACCGAGGACAGAAACCGGCAACUCCAAGAGAAGCUGGAGCUGGCUGAGCAGAAGCUGCAGCAGACCAUCCGCAAGGCAGAGACUCUGCCUGAGGUGGAAGCAGAGCUAGCCCAAAGAGUAGCUGCCCUCACAAAGUGUGUUCUGUGUGGCUCUAAAGGCGCUAAGACUCAGAAGAAGGCAGAGGAACGCCACGGCAAUGUGGAGGAGAGACUGAAGCAGCUGGAGGCCCAGCUGGAGGAGAAGAACCAGGAACUGCUCAGGGCACGACAGCGAGAGAAGAUGAAUGAGGAGCACAACAAGCGUCUGUCAGAGACGGUGGACAAGCUCCUUUCAGAGUCCAACGAGAGACUCCAGCUUCACCUCAAAGAGAGGAUGUCUGCUCUGGAGGAUAAGAAUGCCCUCAUAAGAGAACUGGAGCACACCAAGAAGUUGAUUGAGGAGUCUCACCAUGAGAAGGAGCAGCUCCUGAUCCAGAUUGAGACCAUGAGGGCAGAGAACGAGCAGGGUAGAAGCAGGAGUAACUCCUUACUGCAUGGUCGGUCUCAGCUGGGCAGCACUCCAGAUUUCAGGUAUCCAGUGUCGGCUUCCUCAAUGAUGGACAGUAACUCAGACCAUUAUGGCAGCGCUCUUGUGCUGAGACGGCCUCAAAAAGGACGGAUGGCAGCGCUCCGGGACGAGCCAUCCAAGGUGAGCCCCCAGGUGCAGACUUUGAAUGAGCAGGAGUGGGAGCGCAUGCAGCAGGCCAACGUGCUGGCAAAUGUUGCUCAGGCCUUUGAGAGUGACAUGGAUGCUUCAGACUUGGAGGAGGACCGAGAGACGAUUUUCAGCUCGGUGGACCUGCUGUCCCCUGGUGGCCAGGCUGACGCACAGACCCUCGCCUUAAUGCUGCAGGAGCAGCUGGAUGCUAUCAACAAUGAAAUCAGAAUGAUCCAGGAGGAGAAGGAGAGCACAGCCAUCCGGGCAGAGGAGAUUGAGUGCCGGGUGGGCAGCGGCGAUAGCCUGGGAGGACGUUUCCGCUCAAUGAGCUCCAUCCCUCCGUCACUGUGUGCGGGCUCCUCGUUGGGCGGCUCACCCCCAGGCUCCGGCCACUCCACGCCCAGACGCGUUCCCCGCAGCCCCAACAGAGAACUGGACCGAAUGGGUGUCAUGACCUUGCCUAGUGACCUGCGCAAGCACCGCAGGAAGUCUGCUCAGGAUGACAAGGCCACUAUCCGAUGUGAGACGUCACCCCCCACCACUCCACGCUCCAUGCGCCUAAACAGGGAUGCAGGGCAUGCUGCGAGCCAUGAGGACAUUAGAGACAUUCGAGGUCUGGCUGGCCUGCAGGACGGCCAGGGUAGUAACCCCAGCAGUAGUAACAGCAGCCAGGACUCCCUCAACAAGGCAGCCAAGAAGAAGAGCAUCAAGUCUUCCAUCGGUCGCCUCUUUGGGAAGAAGGAGAAGGGCCGACCCAGCAUUCCCGGCAAGGACUCCCCCAGCCAAGCUGGCACUCCGGAGGCAGAGAGCUCUCCUAAGGAUGGCUUAGGGAUGGGCACUCUGGGAGGCCCUGCAGAGAAGAACAGGAAGCUGCAGAAGAAUCCAAAGACCGGGCAUGAAUUACUGGAGGAGGCUCGCAGGCAGGGCCUGCCAUUCGCCCAAUGGGACGGACCAACUGUCGUGGUUUGGCUGGAGCUGUGGGUGGGCAUGCCGGCCUGGUACGUGGCUGCGUGCCGUGCCAACGUGAAGAGUGGAGCCAUCAUGUCGGCGCUGUCGGACACAGAGAUCCAAAGGGAGAUUGGUAUCAGCAACCCGUUGCAUCGCCUGAAGCUUCGCCUCGCCAUCCAGGAAAUCAUGUCGCUCACCAGCCCGUCUGCCCCGCCGACCUCACGAACGACCACAGGAAACGUUUGGGUCACACAUGAAGAAAUGGAAAGUUUGGCAGCCACACCUCCCACGGAGGAUGACGAGGGUAGCUGGGCACAGACUCUGGCAUAUGGAGACAUGAACCACGAGUGGAUCGGUAACGAGUGGCUGCCCAGCCUGGGUUUGCCGCAGUACCGCUCCUACUUCAUGGAGUCCCUGGUGGACGCCCGCAUGCUCGAUCACCUCACCAAGAAGGACCUUAGGGGACAGCUCAAAAUGGUGGAUAGCUUCCACAGGAACAGCUUUCAGUGUGCGGUGAUGUGUCUGAGGAGGCUCAACUAUGACCGGAACGAGCUGGAGAGGAGAAGGGAAGAUUCUCAAACGGAGCUUCGAGAAGUGAUGGUGUGGAGUAACGAGCGUGUGGUCAGCUGGGUUCAGUCCAUAGGACUCAAAGAGUACAGUGGAAACCUUUAUGAGAGCGGAGUCCACGGAGCGCUGCUCGCCAUGGACGAGACCUUCGAUCACAACGCCCUGGCCCUGCUGCUGCAGAUCCCCACGCAGAACACACAGGCCAGAGCGACUCUGGAGCGUGAAUACAGCGGUCUGCUGGCCAUCGGCACAGAAAGGAGAAUGGAAGAGGAUGACGAUAAGAACUUCCGCCGAGCUCCCUCAUGGAGGAAGAAGUUCAGGCCCAAAGACAUGAGGGGGAUGUCCUUGGGUGCGUCCGACACCCUGCCUGCCAACUUCCGAGUGACCAGUAGCGGCGCGGCGUCUCCCUCCACGCAGCCAAAGAGGAGCCCGAUGGACGGAAGUCAGUCUAUACAGAGGCUGGACACUGCCACAGUCAGGACCUACUCUUGUUAACACACAACGUUUAUCCUCAUUAUUUCUAUAGGUAACCGCUGGUCAGAGGACGAAGGGGAGUUCCCCGCAUUCAAGACCAGGAUGAUGAACUGAAAUGAACUCGCAAGGACACUAAAAAAAAGACGUUUUUGUUUUUUGUUGUCGUCACAGAGAAAGACCUUACUCACCAAUCUCAGUAUCCCUAGAGGACACUUUCUAGAUUUAUCUGCAUUGUUGUUAUAUUUAUGUAAACCAAUGGGACAUUUUAAUUGAUUUUAGAAUUACUAUGUAAUCCCUUUUUUGCCUCUAUCCCCUUAAUCAACCCACUUUUUAAAAAAAAGAAACAUUUCUCCACUGUGCCCGUAUUAAGCUCCGCUCUCAGAUGUAUGUAACUGAAUGUUUCAAUUGUCUGGAGUUUGUAUAUUUCUACCAACAGACAUUUUAUCUAAUCUUUUUUAUAAUCCUGAUUCUAUUGACCAGAUGUAUGUUUGUUUGUUUUUCUCCUCUCUUUGAUUUGAAUUCUAAUCAUUGAAUUUAUGCUUAAGUGACUUUGAUAUCUGAUAUAACUUAAUUCAUAUCCUUUGCCCUUUUUAACUGUAAUUUUUGUAGCUUAUUACCUGUGACUUUGUGUAAAUGCAGCUCUUAGGUCAACGGAUGUGUGAAUAUCAGACAAAUUGCUGGAGUUGUCAGACUGUUUCACAAACUGCUCAAACACUGUGAGUCCACCAUCACCGUCGAAAUAACUGCUGGCAAGCCCCAGGUGAUGGUGACGACAGAUAUCAUGUGAAACAACACAGUAUAUUUUCCUUUUCUCUUCUUUCUUUUCCAUAUCUGCGAAACCAAAAUGAAACUCUUGAAUUUUAAGAAUUAAAGCCAUAUAACAGUAGCGAAAACACAAAAAACCGAGGGCUUCUUUCGGAUGCAAGUGAAAACAGAAUUCGGGGUUCUCUCCAGUCGACCUUGCAUGCAGAAACUUCUCCACUUAUCCCCGCCCCUUCACACCAAGCUCGCCCCCUUUAACAGAAACAAACCUCCCUCACCUCUUGGAGAAACACACACACACGCAGGCUCACCUGUACAGGAGGACUUGAAAUGUACGGACGAGUCGGCAGUGUGGCGACUCCUUCGAUGGACCAACUUCACUGAGGCCUCAGUCGAUCCCCGCUGUGACUAGAUAACCCUCAAGGCGGCGAGAUCCACCCACAAACCUUUUUUUUUUAAAAAACAAACACUUUGUACGAAGAUUUCAUAUCGAGCCUUAUUGUUUCUUAACUCCUCUCUGUCGUCUGUUUUUAUUUAUUAUUACUCAUCCACGUUGUGUUUCGUCAGUCGUACUUUCAUAGCCGAAGCCCCAGUUUGCUCCUAUGAAUGUAGCAAAGCUCCUCGCGCCUCAGUUUGUCCUGUCCUACGCUCCCAAACACAGGUUCCUCCGUUUGUUCUCAAGACGAACGAGAAGGAACCGAAGAGUUUUUCUUUCACUCUUCAUAUAGUUCAAGGUUAAAGUAGAAAUGCUUUUUUUUUUUUUUUUCCUGUUUGUGAUUUAGUCAUUUAUGCACAAUGCAAAUCAUGUUGCUGUUGUUCUAUUCCUGCUCUUCCCAUUGAAUCUUCUGAUCUUGUAACAAUGAUGUACAGUCUGAGUACUUAUAAACUAUUUUUAUCACAAUAUUAUUUAUUGCUUACUUUCAAUAAAAUACUGAAACUUAUUUUCCACUGCAGAUAAAAGAGACUAAAGCUUGUCUUUGCCAGAA